CAGACUAAUUCCUGAUGCCCUGGUGUGAACUGUCAUGACUCAAUCAAGUCACAUCAUUAGUUCAUUACCAUAGUUCGCAGCUCCAAGAGUGACAUGUCACCACUGCUGAAAAUAUUAACAGCAUUAGCUAUAGCGGGCGUGGCUUCUGCAUCGAAGCACCAUGGAAAGAAUAACACCUGCCAGGAGUUCACCCAGGGGUUGAUGUUCAACGAAACUCUAGCUGUCGGCUCCUGGCACCUGCUCCACUACAGCACUGACAAGGCCAACGGCUCGGGGGACUCGCGUUCACACUGUAUCCAGAUCAUACCGGUCACUGAUAAAGACCGGAGAGAUCUAUCAGACCUGGUGGGGAAGUUUGUGGAGAAUCUGAAAUGGGAAAACCUGACUCUGAAGAUGCAGAUACCGUGCUCCGCGGCAGCCUCCAAUCGCACCCGUGAUUACUACCUGGAGAAAUUGGAGAAUGACGGCUCCUACAGAACCUUGCAAAUACCUCAUACUACGGCAAAAUUGGACCUGGCCGAAUUCCACCGCUACCCGAUGCGGUUGAAGAUCAUUGAGAACCAGUACCUGGGCAUGAUGGACUGCCAUGAGAAGUUUCUGUUCCUUCUGGGCAAGCACCCGCCUGGAGGAAAGCCUGUCGACGACCGACUUCGCAAGAUGAUUGAAAUUUACUGGCCUGAAGACAGAAAAUAGUAUCAAAAUAAUUUUUGCGUCUAAUUUACAAUAUCUAUAAAUACAAAUAGUAAGAUUACAGUUAAAUCUAAACGUACCUCUAGUAUGUUUUUGUUUUGCAGUUUAAUUGUCGGACACAUGUAAAAAAAAUAAUUAACAAAAUAUUACAAAAGUAGAUUUAAAUCUACUUUUGUAAUAUUUUGUUAAUUAUUUUUAGCCGAUGUUAACAUCGGCUCGCAAACUAGAGAACCUGGAACAUUGUUACUGUAAGAUUUAUUCUAGCAUUUUAGUAGAUAAGAAACCUGUAAGUAUAUAAGUAGUAAAUAUUUUCACAGCUUUACACAAAAAUAUACCUAUCUUCGCUGUCAUAAAACGGUCAUAGCAACGAUUCAAAGCAAACAAAAACUCAAAGUUUCAAACAAUAAUCGCUUCAAUUAAAUAUUCUACAAAGUCAAAUGACGUAAAUGGACAAUUAAAGUGUAAUUUUGGUGUAGUGGUGCGGGGUGUUUCGCUGAGUGCUGGGGUGCAGGCGACACAGCGCGAGCGCCGCGCGAAACCUUGGUCCUUGAGUCUGCUAUUUAUUUUUUAUUAAAUCGAAUAAAAAUAUAUCUAUUUCCUGUUUUAUAUAUAA